GCGGGCGCUCGCGGUGACAGCGCGGUCUUCUUCGCCAAUCGCGGCCCGCGGUGGGGUCCGGGGAGGCGGGCCGGCGCUGCAGCUGCGGGCGGGUGCGCCUGUAGAGUGGAUGGCUGAGGGAGCGGCGGCGCGGAGAGAAGGGCUGCGGGGGUCCCAGGUGUUUAAGUACUGUUCAUUCCUGCCUAUGCCAAAAUGACAAAGUUAGGGUUCCUCCGCUUGUCCUAUGAAAAACAGGACACCCUCCUCAAGCUCCUCAUCCUGUCCAUGGCAGCUGUGCUGUCUUUCUCUACCAGACUGUUCUCUGUGCUAAGAUUUGAAAGUGUCAUUCAUGAAUUUGAUCCGUAUUUUAACUACCGCACAACUCGCUUCCUGGCAGAAGAGGGUUUCUACAAAUUCCACAACUGGUUUGAUGACAGAGCAUGGUAUCCCCUGGGGAGGAUCAUUGGUGGAACUAUCUACCCAGGUUUAAUGAUCACAUCGGCAGCCAUUUACCAUGUUCUGCAUUUCUUCCACAUUACAAUUGACAUACGAAAUGUGUGCGUCUUCCUGGCCCCUCUCUUCUCCUCCUUCACCACUAUAGUAACAUAUCACCUCACCAAAGAACUCAAGGAUGCAGGUGCGGGGCUCUUGGCUGCUGCAAUGAUUGCUGUGGUGCCUGGAUACAUCUCUCGAUCUGUGGCUGGGUCCUAUGACAAUGAAGGUAUUGCCAUAUUCUGUAUGCUUCUGACUUACUACAUGUGGAUCAAAGCAGUGAAGACAGGUUCUAUUUACUGGGCAGCCAUGUGUGCCCUUGCCUAUUUCUACAUGGUCUCUUCAUGGGGUGGCUAUGUCUUCUUGAUCAAUCUCAUUCCCCUCCAUGUUCUGGUGCUGAUGCUGACUGGACGAUUCUCCCAUCGGAUAUACGUGGCCUACUGCACAGUGUAUUGUUUAGGAACCAUUUUAUCAAUGCAGAUCUCUUUUGUUGGUUUCCAGCCGGUCCUGUCAUCCGAACACAUGGCUGCCUUGGGCGUAUUUGGCCUGUGCCAGAUUCAUGCCUUUGUAGAUUAUCUGCGCAGCAAACUGAACCCUCAACAAUUUGAGAUUCUCUUCAGGAGUGUGAUCUCUCUGGUUGGGUUUGUCCUGCUCUCCAUAGGAGCUGUCCUGAUGCUGACAGGAAAAAUCUCCCCAUGGACUGGACGCUUCUACUCACUGCUGGAUCCUUCCUAUGCAAAGAAUAAUAUCCCUAUCAUCGCUUCAGUCUCUGAGCACCAGCCCACCACAUGGUCAUCCUACUAUUUUGACCUGCAACUCCUUGUCUUCAUGUUCCCUGUUGGUCUGUAUUACUGUUUCAGUAACCUGUCUGAUGCCCGCAUUUUCAUCAUCAUGUAUGGUGUGACCAGCAUGUACUUCUCUGCAGUGAUGGUUCGUCUAAUGCUGGUGUUGGCUCCGGUUAUGUGCAUUCUGUCUGGCAUUGGCGUCUCCCAAGUGCUGUCAACUUAUAUGAAAAACCUGGAUAUUAGCCGACCGGACAAGAAAUCAAAAAAGCAGCAGGAUUCUACUUACCCCAUCAAAAAUGAAGUUGCCAGCGGCAUGAUCCUAGUAAUGGCUUUCUUUUUGAUCACCUACACUUUCCAUUCAACUUGGGUAACAAGUGAAGCCUACUCUUCUCCCUCCAUCGUGCUGUCUGCUCGGGGCGGUGAUGGCAGCAGAAUAAUAUUUGAUGACUUCAGGGAAGCUUACUACUGGCUUCGUCACAAUACGCCAGAGGAUGCAAAGGUUAUGUCCUGGUGGGAUUAUGGGUAUCAGAUAACAGCCAUGGCGAAUCGAACGAUUCUUGUGGAUAACAACACUUGGAAUAAUACCCACAUUUCCCGAGUUGGUCAGGCUAUGGCUUCCACAGAAGAGCGUGCUUAUGAGAUUAUGAGGGAACUGGAUGUCAGCUAUGUGCUGGUGAUAUUUGGAGGCCUCACUGGAUAUUCCUCAGAUGAUAUCAACAAAUUUCUGUGGAUGGUCCGAAUUGGUGGGAGCACAGACACUGGCAAGCACAUAAAGGAGCAUGAUUACUACACACCAACAGGAGAAUUCCGUGUGGAUAGAGAGGGGUCCCCUGUAUUGCUUAACUGCCUUAUGUACAAGAUGUGCUACUACCGCUUUGGACAAGUCUACACAGAAGCCAAGCGCCCUCCUGGUUAUGACCGAGUGAGAAAUGCUGAAAUUGGCAACAAAGACUUUGAGCUUGAUGUCUUGGAGGAGGCAUACACCACAGAACACUGGCUUGUACGAAUAUACAAAGUAAAGGAUUUGGAUAAUCGUGGAUUAUCAAGGACGUAAUUUGCCUUCAGCUGAACCACAAUGAGCACUGACCGAGCCUUUGCCUGUGAAGCAAAUGAGGGUUUUUAUACUGUUUUGUCAGUAAGGAGUUGGGAUUUAAUUGCCCAAGAAAUCCCGUCCUCAUGCAGUGAGUCCAUAUUAAAUGGAAUGAUUUUUUUUUUUAUAAAUACAAACCGGCUACGGAAUCGGAAAUUGUAGCUUUAUGAUGGGAUAAUUAAAAAGGGUGUGGAAAAA